UCAAUACCCGACACUACUUGUCAGCGAGUACAUUCAGUCAGUCGCACUCGGAAUAGUGAUUAAUACUCUAGGUGCGAUAUUUUAGUCUAAGAACAAUUAUUUUAAUAAUAUAUUAGUUAGUGAUUAGUUUAAUUGAACUGUGUCGAAAGGCCUUACGACCUUCGCCGAUUAAAGGCGAUUUCCUAAUCUACUAAAAUUUGAAAAUAAGACAAUGGAUAGACCUAAACCAAAAGAAACAGCUGACAAUAGUAAUGAAGAUAGUAAUAAGUAUGCGGAUAUUGUGUUGAAAAUUGACAUUAAAGAACCCGAACCUGAUAGUCCUCUGAUGUCAUGGGCAGAGCGGCACAUUAAUGAAAAUCCCGAUACGAAACUGCAACUGGUUGAGGAACUUCGAAAUAUGAUUUUCGAAAAGGGCGAAUGCGAACCCUAUAGGACGGACGACGAGUUUCUUCUACGUUUUUUAAGGGCAAGACAUUUUAUCGUUCGAAUGGCCCAUAGACUGUUCGUUAAUUAUCAUACCUACAGGGAAUCGAACCCAAAUUUCUUCUUCAAUAUUGACUACGGGCGAAUGCUCGAAGUGGUGGAGGCGGAUAUUUUUAAUGUGCCACCCUAUUUAGAUGAACACGGGCGUAGGAUGUUGUUUUGGAAAAUUGGAAACUGGAACCCAACCCAAUUUACCACGGACCAACUCUUCCAGACAAUCAUUUUCCUAAUCCAGGCCUCGACCCUGGAACCAAAGCACCAAAUACUAGGAGGUGUCUGCAUCAUGGACGUCGAAAAUCUAGGAAGCAAUCAAGUUUGGUAUCUAUCUCCAAGCAUUACGAAACAUAUGAUUAGUGUCGCAUAUAGUUCGUUACCGCAUCGCAUUGAGGCACUUCACAUCGUAAAUGUAUCAAAAGUGUUCGAUUAUGCGUUCGCGAUGUUAAAACCGUUACUGUCGGAUCUGAUGAAGGACCGCAUAUUCAUUCAUCAGAAUUUGGAAAGUUUACAUCAGCACGUUUCUCCAAAAUGUCUUCCGAAAAAAUAUGGCGGAAUACAUAAGGACACAUACUCUUUUACUGAUUAUUUAUCAGUGGUACGUGCAAAUGAGGAGUUUAUCGAUGAAAUGGAGUCGUUUGGUUAUGAAGGCAGCAGAGAAUUUAUAGAGAAGCUUUAAGUUUUAUAUUAUAUUAAGUUGGAAAUAUUAUUGUUUAUUAUAUAAAAAAAAGCCAUUG